AUGACCACUCUCGAUCCAGCCACCGGCCGUCCCUUGCCCGACUCUGCCAUCCAGCGAGUCCUCUUCAUCUGCCCGCGCGUCCAUGUCUACCAAAUCCCCCCUCUCACAUCCAACAAGGGUUUCUCUGCCGGAUCAUGGACCGCUCCUCCGCGCCCAACUGCCCAGAUGAUCUUUACCGCCCGCCUGCGUAUAAUUGAGACAUCGCUUUCGAACCAAAUUAAGACAGAUAUCGUGCUCGAGGACCCAAAGACUGGCGACCUUUUCGCUGCCGCCCCUUACACAUCGCCUGCUGUGGUUGAGCAAGCUAAUGACAGUAGUCGCUUCUUUGCUGUCCGUGUUGUUGGUGAAGGUGGCAUGAAGGCCACCUUGGGUAUAGGCUUCGAGGAACGACCUGAUGCUUUCGACUUCAGCAUCACACUGUCCGAGGCCAGGAAACUUCUAGGCAUGGAGCAAAAGGUCGCUCCUGGUCAAGCACAGCCUCAAAACAUGAACAGGAAGACGGUCGAGGAGCCUAAGAAAGACUUCAGUUUGAAAGAGGGGGAAAGCAUCCACGUCGAGAUAGGAAGCCGUGGCAGAAGGCAACAGCAAUCGAAUGCUGCAGCCAACGACGAUGGCAGUGCUCUCUUUUCCAUCAAACCUCCACCGCCCCCUGCUUCUGGAGACGACUUUUCACUUCCUUCCCUUGCUCCUCCACCAUCAGCUGCUCACCUCAAGGCUGCCUCCAAGAGCCCGUCGCCCAUAAGGCAACAACCGCAAUAUCAACAGAAUCAGAGCCAGAGCCAGAAUCAGCCUUCAGCUCAGGACCUGGGCUUCGAUGAUGGCGAGUUUGGCGAGUUCCAAUGA